UCGGAAUCGGCAGUGGCCAAAUCUCCCGUCCGAUAGGAAAAAACCCACCCAAUAACCAAUCAUGGGAGUCACCGUUCUACAGCAAUACCCAGUGGAAAACAAAUCCGGAGCCCAAACCAUCGACUUUCUGUUGAAACGUGUGCUCAAUCUCGGAGCCGUACCCGCCGGCCACUUUCUGGUCGACUGCGAAACGUACAGCUCUAAUCCGCAACUGGGACCACCGAGAACGGUGCACAUCUUGCAUAACUCCGAACAGCCAGCCUCAGUGUUUUCGAUUCUCGACACCGGCAACAAACAGAUCUCGCUCGUAACGGAUGGACUAUUCGAUUUGCUGAUGACGCGAAUCGCACCGGCCUACUCGUCUAAAAAGCAAACAAAGAUCGAAUCGAAAGGGCAACGGUUCGAAUUUGGCGAUUUUCUCAUCAAGCUGGGUAGCGUUACGAUGAGCCAGAACUUUAAAGGUGUGCUGGUAGAGGUAGAAUACCGCCCCUGUCUGGUACCUGGAAGCUGCUGGGAGCUGAUGAGGGAGUUUCUGCAAGGAUUCCUCGGUUCGAACGUGUCCAACGCGAUGCCGGCAUAUUUUACCCAGCGUUCCAGCAUCAACCCGAACCACUCGAAGGCGAACGAAAUCUACCAACCCAUCGACACAAUCAACCAAUACCUGGAGCACUUUACAAACUAUCGGAAACAAACCAUGGCUCCGUUAGGGGCACGACCUUGACUUGGUCAUUUAAUAAAACACGUUUUGGUGGUUUAAGAU